AUGUUUGCCGAAAUGGCUGCUGUUGCCAUCUUCUCCGCCGGCACUGGCGCCAAUGCCUGCGUGCAAAGCCUUCCCGGCCGAACUGUUGCGUUCCGGCCAUUGCCUCUCUCAUCCCUCAACCUUUCGCCUGUGUUUCUGGAGAAAAAGCUAUGGUUGCGAGAAAAGGGCAGUUUGGUCAACAAAGCGUCGCAAAUUCAGAAGCGCGGCAGGAGCGCGCAGAGGGGCGGAGACCUGGUGUUAGGGGAGCUUCACGAGAUGGAGGGGGGCCAGAGGGUCCGCGGAAUGCGGGCUAUGGCGGACGGUGAAAGGCCUGAGGACGCGGCUUUUAUGCGGCGCGCGCUCGAGCUGUCGAGGCAGGCGCUGGGUCGUACGUCGCCGAACCCGAUGGUGGGGUGCGUGAUUGUGAAGGACGGUGACAUUAUCGGAGAAGGCUGGCAUCCCAAGGCUGGCGAGCCGCACGCGGAGGUGUUCGCGUUGAGAGUAGCGGGCAAGGCAGCAGCGGGCGCGACGGCGUACGUGACGCUGGAGCCGUGCAACCACCACGGGCGCACGCCGCCGUGCAGCCAGGCGCUGGUGAAGGCGCGCGUGCGGCGCGUGGUGGUGGGGACCGUGGACCCGAACCCGCUCGUGGGCGGGGAGGGCGUGCAGACGCUGCGGCGGUCGGGCGUGGAGGUGGUGGUGGGCGUGGAGGAGGCGGCAUGCCGGCGCAACGUGGAGGCGUUCAUGUUCCGCAUCGCCAACCAGCGCCCCUACUCCAUUCUCCGCUACUCCCUCUCGCUCUCUGGCUCGCUCCUCCCAUCAAUCGGCACGUCAGGCUGUGGUGCGGGCAGCUACCGCAGCCAGCUCUUGGCGGAGUACGACGCGGCUGUCAUCACAGACACCGACCUCCUCGCUGCUGUUGCUGCUCAUUCCGACGGCGACGCUGCUUCUCCUGACUCCUCUGCCAGCCCAGCGUCCCUCCUGUCCUCGGAACCCGAAUGCCAGCAGCCUCUGCGCGUGGUCGUUGCUCGCUCCCUCGCACACCUCCCUCGCUCCGCGCCCAUUUUCGACACCUCGCUGGCGCCCACGCUCGUGGUCACGAACGAGUCUGCUGUGGUGGUGGACGUCAGUGCGGCGUCGGCAACAGGCAGGGCGGCGGCGGAGCAGUGGCUGGGGGAGUGCGGAGUGGAUCUGGUGGUGCUGCCGGAUGGGUUCUCUCCAUCUGACGUCAUGGAGCUGUGUCUGGAGCGCGAUUGCAACUCCGUGCUCUGGGAUUGGCACCCCGUGGUGCAAGGCGUGGCUGCUGCUAGCAGCAGCAGCAGCAGCAGCGAGAGUAGCAGCGACAGCUCGUCCAGUGACGGCGAGGGCUGGUCGCUGGGGAGCUGGUUGAUGGAGGAUGACGCAGUGGAGAAGGUGGUGGUUGCGCUCUCACCUGUGCUGGGUGGUAGCGCGCCCAGGGGAGCAGUAAGCAGCACUGGCGGCUGGCUUGAGGGUGACUUGGGAGAGAUGUUUCCACUGCAUGGUCUGCAUGCGCAUGUGUGCGGUGAGGAUGUCAUUGUGGAGGGCUACAUUCAAAAGUAG